UCCACCGGCAGCUUUCCCCAACGUCCAGCGCCCGCCCGCUGCAGAUCACUGAACCGCUGAACGUGCCCCUCUGCUUCGCUGACCUUCCACUGGACUGACAUCUUGUUUGCCAUCAUCACCACCCUUGCCGCCGCCGACCUCUCGACUACAUCCGAGCUAUAUUGACGACGAAGUUCGAGAUACCCGCGGAAGUACGAGUGCUGCAAAGACAGACACCAUGGACAACGACAUCCCCAUCACAGGUCUUGACGACCUCACGGCACACAUGGACGCUCUAAUCGCCGACCCUUCCACUCCUCUCAACGCCAAACUGUUCGACGACAUCGAGCUACAGCUAACCGACUUCAACACCCCACCCCUCCUCCCCUCCCUCCUCCCCCGCCUCGUCCAAAUCCUCCACACCACCCCCUCGGACCCAACCACCCCAGCCUCCCUAACCACCAAACUCCUCCGCCCUCUUUCGUUUUCACAAAUCACCUCCCUCGCGCCUCCCGAGUCCCUAAUCCAAGCGCUCGAAUCGCCCUUCCCCGCCGCCAACAUUUUGGGAAUGACGAUACUACACAAAGCCGCUGCCGCUCCUAGCGAAGUAGCGCAGCUAGCGGAGACGCGGGAAGUAGUCAAGGCGUUCGUCAGGACUUGGCUAGGCAGUAGCGAGGUGGGAGUGGGAGAGAAGGGAGGGAAGGUGAUGGGGGAUUUGUUGGAUGUGGAUUGCGAGCUGGAGCCACCGGCGCGGCCGCAACGGAGGGCUGGGGCUGGACAACAUCAUGCGUUGGAUGCCGGGAUGCCGACGUGGCAUGAUAUGGUUUUGCGGAAAGAAAAGGGGUCUGGAGCGUUGUGGAAGAGGAUAUUUGCAGAUGAAGAGGUUUAUGGCCUGGUGUUGGAUUUGUUGGCGGGACGGCAUGAGGAUACGGAUGUUACCUCUGCUGAUGCUGGGGAUGAGAAGGAGGGACGCAAACAAAAGGCGAGGCAAUUGACGCUGGCGCAGGGGAGGAUACUUAGGAUCUUACCGAGGCUGGCGGCGUUGGAUCUGGAGAAGGUGGUUAGGAGCGAGGUGAGGGCGCCAGAGCCGGGGUAUUAUGCUACUGCUACGGCUGCGGCGACGAACGGGACUUCAACGAACGGCCACGGUACCCCAGGACCUAGACCUAAUGGCACGACCAGCAGCCGCCCGAAUCACAAUGGCGAUAUCCUCAUGAACGGAGUAGAAGAGGAGGAGGAGGAACAAGCGCAGAUGCCAUUGCCGGCACCACCAAAGACAGGCCAAGGCCUGCUUCACUUUGCAGCUCUGCGCAUGGUCGACAGGAAUGAUAUCCUCAUGCACUUGUCGUUAAUAGACUUCUUCGAGGCUUUUGUCGGGCUGAUGCGGGUGACGCCUCAUUCGGAGUACAAGGUUGAGACGGUCAAGGAGAUUUUGAGAGAGGCGUUGGCGGAUGAUAAGUUGUCGAGGGAGAACCUGGAGAGUUUGCCGGAUAGGACGGUGGAUGAGGAGAAGGAGGAGUUGAGGGGGUGGUUGAGGGAGGUUUUGCCGGGAGAGGAGGUUGAUGUGGUGAUGAGGUAGGGGACCGAACGGUGUCAGCUGGUUAUGAGACACCUUGGAGGGCCGAUAAUGGGCUGGCUGGCUGGCAAUGGACUGGGAUCAACGGAAAGGGAAAUGGAGCAUUGGUGUUCGGAUUAGUAUGGGAUGGGUUUGAUAAGCAUUGCGUUAGAGCACUUGGGGGGUUAUUAUGGUAUUAUGAUAUCAUGAAGAGAGCAGUCAGUAUUCGAUAUGUUUUGCUCCACGCGCGAGUACUCACGUUGGGAGUACAAUCUG